AUGCCUACAUCCUGUGAGUACCCGUUCACUACAUAUACUCUUGCCUCCUCCCUCCUUCCUACCUCGUCCAGCCCCCCAACUCUUUCGGGCAAACAUGUGCAAUUAUGGAUCCUCUCUGUUAUACAGCAAUUUUAUGACUCCCAUCUCCUUCCGGCACCGCCCGACAAUGCGCCUUCCCGGGCUAACAUGUGCAAUACCAGACGCUGAAGAUAACCUAACCAUCUUUCCACCCUUUGAAGACAGCACGAGCAAAGAAGGAGCCUUCGACAAGCGCGACUCACCCCUGGAGCUCGGCUUUGACGACGGCUUUGGUGGCGGCGACGACAUGGCCGCCUCGUCGCCUUACAUAAAGUCGGAACCCCACGACUUCAACUUUGACCCCAACCACUACAUGCAAUACAACCAGCAACAACAACAGUCGUCAAAUCAUAUGACCCACUCAGGUGGCAUGAACGUCAACCCCGCAAACCUUUCCAACGGCAGCAACGGUUUCAACAUGUCUUCCAGCUUCCACCUGGGCAACUCCGGCAUCGCCGACGACGAAUUGCUCGAUCUGCACAUCGACCAAAACCAGCAAGGCGGCGGCAACUUCGACUUCAACAACUCGGGCAUGCAGAACUUCAUGAACCAGCAACAGGGCGCCCAGAGCGGCAGCCUCUUCUCGCACACCCCCGACGGAGGCCCCAUUCAGUCCCCAUUCCAAGGAGACUUCAACUACCUCCAAUUCCGGCCAAUGUCUGGACAGCAGCAGUUCGGCGGUCACAGCGUGCCGUCACAAGCUCGACCUCAGAUGCAGCACCUGGAUAGGAAGGUGUCCGACUCGCGGUCACCUGCCACACCCAACACGCCUGGUAUGAACCACUUGCAAGUCAACGACGAGUACUCACAUCCAGGAAUGCAACCCAUUCAACACCGACAUCAGAGUUCCAUCGGCAACGGUUGGGAUAGCACACCAAGCGGACACAGCUGGGACGCCUCGUCACCUUUCCCAUCACCCAUGAACGGCCAGCAAGGCGUACACGCCCAGAUCUCCGAAGUGCUCAAGGGCAACAACGGCCAUCACCACAAGGUUGCGUCAUCACUGCCGACGAAGAUGGAGCCUGGCACUGGGCCUGCGCCCUUCUCCACUCAGGAGGCAAAGCGACGUCGGCGCCGCGAAUCCCACAACUUGGUCGAGCGUCGACGCCGUGACAACAUCAACGAGCGCAUCCAGGAUCUCGGCACACUUGUUCCACAGCACAGACUGGAGGACGAGAAGGUGCGCAAGCAUCUGCAGACUAAUGCACCAUUAUCGCCCUCGAUUGCAAAUGCCGGCAUGUCUCCGCCGAACACCUCCUUGCUUGGUGGCGCUCAGCGGCGUUCGGGAGCCGGCAACAUCACGCAGGGCCUUCCGAUGGAGGAGAAAGAUAAGGGCCCGAACAAGGGUGAUAUCCUCAACGGCUCGGUGGCCUGGACUCGCGACAUCAUGUGGUACCUGCACCAGAAGUUCCGUGAGGAGGAACAGCUCAAGGAACUCGUGCAGCAGCUCGGCGGUUCCUGGCCAUUCCAGCCCACCGAAGAGGAGAACCGCAUGCGGUCUGAGAUCCUGGAGAUCCUGAACAAGCAUGCGCCUCACGGCGGCUUCACUGGCUACUCCCGAGCACCCGGUUCUGGAUUGCGAGUCCCUGGAUACACCAACAUUGCGGGUGACAGCGUCAGCGGGGAUGGUCAGGCGACGAACGGACACUCGAUACCACCCGUGAGCCCCGGAUUCCAGUCUGGCGGUAGCGGUAUGAGCAGUGGCAUGUCACACCCUUCCAAUCAAUUCUGGUCGAACGACCUGAAGGAGGAAGACGAAUUUGGCGACCUGACGAUGCAGUAG